AUGUCUUUAAGUGGGAAAGUAGAGAGUGAAACUGAGAUUGAAGCAAGUGCUGCUAAGUUCUUCCAUAUUUUUAGAAAGCAACUUGAACAUGUUCCUAAUAUAUCUCGAGAUGUACAUGGAGCUAGAGUGCAUGAAGGUGAUUGGGAAAAUGUUGGUUCAGUCAAACACUGGGAAUAUACAAUAGAAGGGAAAAAACAAAGUGCUAAAGAAAAAAUAGAGACUAUAGAUGAUGAGAAUAAGGUAAUCACAUAUAGUGUCUUUGAUGGGGAAGUGGGUGAGAGUUACAAGAGUUUAAAGGUUACAUUUCAAGUGAUUGAUAAGGAACUUGGUGGUGGGAUUGUGAAAUGGACCUUUGAAUAUGAGAAGUUAAAGGAGGAUAUUACUGGUGCAUCUCCAGAAUCAUACUUGGCCUUUGCUGAAAAGGUGACAAAAGAUAUUGAUGCUCAUCUUGUCAAGGAAUAG